CUGGCUGGCUGCUUGAUUCUUUGGUGUGUUUUAUCAUCAUAUAGACAAUGUUUGGUUAUUGUCUUGUUAUGUAUAUGUAUUUUUGUGUGUAUUUAUCGUGUUUUUUAAUUUCUGGUCAUCCAAAUGUAAAUUUAAACAUUAUCCUGUAAAUUCUAUAAGGACGAAUCAAUUUAUUAUUCGAUUAUUUAAUUGGCCAAUAUAUAUCAAACAUACAGCAUUGAAUGUUGAAAAAUAAUAUUCGAAUCUGGCUGAUUUUAAUGGAAUUUUCCCCUUUUUUUCUCUCUGUUGAUCAUAAAGAAAUGAUUCAUUAUUUAUUAUCCUUUUUUGCUAUGAAAAUUUUAUCUUUUUCAAUAUGAUAAAUGCUUGUUCAUCUAAAUGCUUGUAUUUUAAAUUCCUAAUAAAACGAUAAAAUAAAGAUUCUAUUGGCCGUCUCUUUAAAAUCGAUUUUCCAAAAAUAAACAACACCAAACGCGUGUAAAACGCAAUGAGCAGUAAAUCGACCACGACGACAGUAAAAUCGAAAAACAUGAUCAUUACGAAUCACACAAAUGGAGAAAAUAUGACCAAUGGAGAAUUAGAAUUAAAAUAUAUCUACGAUGAUUCGACGGCUACGAUGAAUGGUGAUUCUACAGUCGUAAAUGUGAAUCAUACAUCAGACCAUACGGAAAUUGUGAUCGAAACAUCUAAUUUGACAACGGACAAUAACAAUAGCGUUCAUUCAAUCAAUGGAGAAAUGAUCAAUAAUUAUGCUAAUGAUAAUAGUCAAGAAUCAUCAUCAUCUGAACCGAAUACGACGACGACGACCACCACCACCACCAUGGUGAUGAUGAAUGGAUCAACAACAUUGGAUAAUCAUCAUGAUGAUGAAUCAUAUGAUAUCAAUUUUGUAAGCAGUGAAGUGGAUGUUUGUUCAAGUAAUCUGGAAAUUUCCACACAAGAUGAAAAAAAUGAAAGUAAAAAAUCACCAUCAUCCACCCCAAAUCGUCGAGGUCGAAAACCUAAAAAUCAGAAAAACAAUAACACUAGUAAAGCUAAGAAAACUGACGAUAAUAAAAAGACGAAAAAGAAAGACAAUAAAAAUGAACCAGUGGUAACAAAAUCAUCGACUAGAAGACGAAGUACGAGAAUAAAAAAUCUUGGAAAACAAAAUUCACCGGAAAUGGAUGAAAAGCAAUCACAGCAACAAUCAAAUGGUCAUGAUCAUCAUAAUUCCGAAGUCGAUAAUAAUAAUGACCAUACAUAUACACCAGCCAUGUCGGACAAUACGGAAUCGAAGAAAGAAUCUUUGAAAAAUUCAGACCAACAAACAAUUAAAUCGUCAUCAUCCUCGAAUAAGAAAUCAAAACAUAAAUCAAAAAGUAGUAAAAAAGAUGAAAAAUCUAAAAAACAUCGUAAAGUGAAAUCAAAGCAUAAAUCAUCCAAUGAUGUUGAAAAUCAUCAUCAUCAUCAUCAUCAUCAUAAUCAUAUUAAUAGCCAACAUGAAUCGAAAUCAUUAUCCAACCAUCAACAAUCACCAUUAGCGACUCCAAAGGAGAAUUUCACAACAACACUGCCACAACAAGAACCAAAUAACAAUGUAGAUGGUGGUAGUACUAAUGCUCAGACCAAAGAUUCAUUACCAUCAUCAUCGACAAUUAUAGAAUGUAUUAAUGAUAAUAAUAAACAGGGACCGGAAAAAGUUAAAUCAAGAUGGCGUCGAAAUUCAGAAUUGGAAAUUACUAGCACGACACUAUCACCAAUGGAUUCGACGCCUUCAUCGCCUACUGGUCAACAACAUUCAACAAUUAAUUCAUCACAAGAAUCAUUGAAUCCGAUAAUGAUAGCAGAUUCGCCAAUGCCUUCAUAUCAACAGAUUGAUGAGAAUAUUUUUCUUUUCGAAAAAAAAAAAUGUAAAACAAAAAAAGAGACGAAAAAAAUGGUAUGCGAUUGUUUACUAAUGAAAGAAGAACGUGCUCGUGGUCUAAUGGGCUGCGGUGAAGAUUGUCUUAAUCGAAUGUUGAUGAUAGAAUGUGGUUCACGUUGUCCGUUGGGUGAACAUUGUUCCAAUAAACGUUUCCAGAAGAAACAAUACAUGAAAUUGACUCCGUUCAAAACCGAAAAGAAAGGCUGGGGUCUGAUGACACUUGAAUCGAUACCAGCCAAUUCAUUUAUAAUGGAAUAUGUUGGCGAAGUUAUCGAUCCAUUUAUGUUCCAUAAACGCACGGAUAAAUAUUCUAAACUAAAAAUGGAACACUAUUAUUUUAUGGCAUUGAAAAGUGAUGAAAUUAUCGAUGCUACUUAUAAGGGUAAUAUGACUCGUUUUAUUAAUCAUAGUUGUGAACCAAAUUCAAUCACACAAAAGUGGACUGUAAAUGGCGAACUUAGAAUCGGUUUUUUCACAAUCAAACCAGUUGCCGCUGGUGAAGAGAUUACUUUUGAUUAUCAAUUUCAACGAUAUGGAAAAAAGGCACAAAAAUGUUAUUGUGAAUCGAAAUGUUGUCGUGGUUAUAUUGGAUCAUCAGAAAGUGGACGAGAAAUUUUAACUGAUGGUUCUAAAAUACCUAAAAGUAAGAAGAAAGUGGCCAGUAAAAAGAUUGCUGAAGACGAAGAAGCGGGUGUUUCCGCGGAUGAAGUUGAUGAAGAGGAUGAAGAAAAUGUUGAGAAAUCUGAAGAAGAGGAGGAUGAAGAUAAAGAAGCAUUUCUUGAAGAUGUUGCGCUUGAAAUCGACAUGUUGGCCGAAAAUGGUGGCCUUCGUAAUCGUCAACAAAUUCUUGAGGUUUCACGUCUCAUGUUACGAGCUGAUAAAUGUUCACUACGCAUACAAUUGAUUGAUAUUAUAAUGUCAACAGUUGAAUUAGCAUAUCUUCGACUUUUCAUCGAUUAUCAUGGUCUUCGUAUAAUCUGGGGCUGGAUGAUUGAAGCGGAAAAUGUUGAACUCAAAGCACGUCUAUUGGCAUUACUGGAAGUAUUGCCCAUACCUCACAAAACAAUGUUAGUCGAUUGUAAAGUAUUAGAGGUAGUUGAACGAUGGGCCGCUAUUGAUAGCCCUGAAUCGCAACAAUAUCUUAACAUUGGUGAACAAGAUAAAAAAUCUGAAACACCAAAAGCCACUGACGAUCAAUCGUCUCAAACAGCUGUGGAAGAAACGAAAGAUGCUGCUACAGUCGAAUCACCCAAAGAAGAAACAAAUAGCCAAUCUCCAAGUAUCAAUAAAGAAACGGUUACAGAUAGUCAAAAAUCUAAAUUAAUAACCGAUUUAUCCAAAUUAUCAGGAAAAAUUGUGAUAAAAAGUAAAACUAAAUCUUCGGAUACAACUAAUUCUACGGCCAAUGAAACUAAAGCAAAAUCAAAUGUAACAAUAGGAUUUCUUGCUCAAAAAUUACUAAUUCAUUGGAAAGAUUUGAAAGAAGGAUUUCGCAUACCUCGUCUUGAUCGACAAAAACGACAUGAUGAUGAAGCCGAAGCAGAUCGACGUUCGAAAGAAGAAGAAGAACGUCGUUCACAAGGUUUACCAUUUAUCAAUCAUGAUAAACGAUCAUUUAGUGAUGAUGAUGAUAAUAUGGAAGGUGAUAGCUACAAUACAAUUGCCGGUAUAUUAGGUAAUAAACGUCGUUGUUUGAAAAAUCUGACUAAUCGUCGAUCAUCAAUGCGACAACAACAACAACAACAACAUCGAUCAUUAUAUGGUCAGAAUAAUAAUAUUUCCAUCCCAUCUCCAUUCCAUCAAACACCAAACCAAGGUUCAACUUCGCCAAAAUUGACAAAAGAAGAACAUCGAAAACGAUUUGAAUAUACGAUUGUACAACAUGAUUAUACUGAAGCAUUGAACAAAUAUCGUGAACAUUUGAAACUGUAUAAGGAAGCUUUACAGAAUUCUGUUUCAGGCACUGCUAGCUCUGGUACUAAUGAUUUGAUAUCGGCUAAUGCUGCGGCUAAUCCAAUGAUUGGAUUCAAUGAAUUUUAUCAACAGUAUUUAACGACAUUUGCUUCGAACAAUCCUAUGUUCAUGAAUCCGGAUCUUUCCUUUUCGAACAAUAAUGCUGGUACUAAUGAAGUAGGCACUAAUGUACAGAACUUAUUACAAUUUGGCGCCACAUUCGAUCAUGUUCAACAACAAUUCCAGCAACAACAAUCAGUCAGUUACCUCCCCGAUACUCAACAAGAACAGCCAGUUCAAGAAUUGAUGGAUUCAAACUAUGUACAAUCAAUUCAUUCUUAUGAUUACGAUGAGAUUGUUGAUUUUCAGGAUUUAUUACCCAAAUAUGAAAGUCCAUUGAUACAACUGGUCGGAUCGAAUGAUGAUAAUGUUAAUGAAAAUUCAUCAUAUCAAUCCCUGUUCAAUAUCGGCUAUAAACAGCAAGACAUUCCACCCGAAGCAAUCGAUAAUGUUGAUUUUAAUCAAAUUAAAUUUGAAAAUGAUGACUGCCUUGAAAGUAUGGAAAAACGAAUGUUUGAUGAAAUCUAUCCACCGGCUGGUAUAUUUUUCGUUACGAAUGAUUCAAAAACAUAUUAUUUCCCUAUUCCGGACGAAUUAUCACAAGGAAUCAACGUUAAAGAAAAUAUUACUGAACCGUUACCCAUUUCUUUUACAACCAAUACGCCUGACCAAAAAAAUCUUUCUUAUGAUUGGAAAUCGACUUCGAUCAAUAAUAAUCAUUAUUAUUAUUAUAAUCGACGGAAACAAAUUAAACAAUGGCAUCCACCACAAGAUAAUCAAAUUGACAAUUAUUAUGGUGAUAUAAUCAUCAGUAGUGAUUUGCCAUCGUGUGAUAUAAGUCAUCCAUCGACGUCAUCAUCGCCUAAUUCAUUGAUAAAUACGACGAAAGAUGUACCCAUUGGUGGUACGACUGAAAUGCCUGCAGAUGAAUUGAAACGUAAAGAAUCUCGCCGUUCCCGUGAACAUUUUCGUUACAAAGUAUCACAAUUCAUUGUUAAAUGUUUAAAUCCAUAUAUGAGAAGUUCAUGUACGAAAGGCCGUAUUACCAAUAGUAGCCAUUUCAAAUCAUUAGCUCGAAAGUUAACGCAUACCAUUGUGGAGAAAGAAUUGAAACAAGUAAAAAGCAGUAAAGAUCUAUCUUUUACCGAUACGGUUAAACAUAAAACGAAAGAUUUCAUUAAACGACACAUGUCACAAUUUGGCCCAAUUUAUAAACCGGAGACAUCAUCACGUUCGGUUGGCAUGGAUUUACAAGAUUCAUCAUCACCAAUAGCACCACAGCCAAGUCCGAUUACAUAAAAAUGAAUUUGUUUUUGUUUGUUGUAAAUUUUCACAUGUUUAAAAAGCUUUCAAAUUUUAUCCAUUCAAAAAAAAAAUCUCAAUCACACACAUUGACAUUAACGAAAAAUUUUAUUAGAACAAGACACUAAUCUGCAUUUUGUAUUUUAUUUAUCUAUAUACAUUUUUCCCAUCAUAUUAUCAUCUUUUUUGUCAUCUUAAUCAAUUUUGUUUAUAUAUGAAAAAAAUAGACGAACAUCCAAUUGUGUAAAAAAAAACAUUAAUAGGGACAUGUGAUAUUUACCAACACUCUUUUCAUCUCAUACAUACAACACCUACACUCUAUUUUCAUUCAUUCAUGUAUUAAUUAUCUAAGAAAAUUUUGAUUCGACAAUUUUCAUUUAAAAA